AUGAGUCGCAGCCCAGAAAGGAUGUCUUCUUACCGUCGCCACUUCGAGGGCGCCCUUGCCUCCUCCUCUGCUUCCUACCAGGUGCGGGUUUCGAGCCCUUCACCGACCCGAAGGGAUGUACGUCACCGCUCUGCCAGCUACAGUCGCAGCGGUGGAACCAUGGGGAGGAGGAACCCCUCCAGCAGCCGUAAAUCCCGUAUGACCAGCAGUGUGAGUAUGGGGGCCCUGUGCUUCGGAAUGAACAAGGGCCUGGGGCCCAGCCUGGACCUGGAUGCAGCUGCAGCGGAGAACCAAGAAUUCAUGAGCACCCGCACAGGCGAGAGGAAGGAGAUGGUGGCCCUCAACGACCGCCUGGCUAUCUACAUUGAGAAGGUGCGUACUCUGGAGGGGCAGAACAAGUUGCUGGAGGCUGAGAUUGAUGCUCUGAAGAACCGCUAUAUGAAGCCGUCUGGGCUGAGACAGCUCUACGAGGGACAGCUGAGAGAGCUCCACCGGAUCGCGGAGCAGAUGAGAGUACAGAGGGACCUGGCUGUAGCGGCCAAGGGGGCCAUGGCAGGACAGGUGGAGGUGCUCAAGGUCAAAUAUGAGGAGGCUCUGGAGGCCAGGAAGAAUGCAGAGUUGGAGAUCGAAGCCUUCCGCCCCGAUGUGGAUAGAGCCACCUCGGCCCGUAUCGGCCUGGAGAAACAGCUGGAGAACCUGGAGGUGGAGCUGGCCUUCCUGACCAGAGUUCACAAAGAGGAAAUUGAGGAACUGAUGCAGCAGAUAUAUGUGGCGGUGGCGAAGGUGGACAUGACCUUUGCCCUUCCUGACCUCUCCUCCGCCCUUAAACAAAUCCAGUCCCAGUACGACAGCAUCGCUGCCAGAAACCUACAGGAGAUGGACGCUUGGUACAAGUCAAAGUUCCAGGACCUGAACAAUGUGACAACCAAACACGUUCAAAGUGUUCGAAGUGUGAGAGAGGAAAUCGCAAGUUACAAGAAAGAUAGCUUAAACCUGGAGCGUGAGUUGGAGUCUAUGAAAACGAGAAAUGAGUCUCUGGAGGUUCAGAUUCGUGAUGCUGUGGCGAGACACAAGAAAGAAGAAGAGACACUGCGUGAGCGUAUUGAGGGGCUGAAGCUGGAGCUGAUGGUGAUGAAGGAGAAGAUAGCUCUGCUGCUGAGAGAGUACCAGGAGCUGCUCAACGUCAAGAUGGCCCUGGAGAUUGAGAUCACCACCUACAGGGCGCUGAUCGAAGGCGAAGACACCCGUCUCAGCACCAUGGUACAGAGCAUGUCCCUGGGUGGAGGAAGAGUGGCCAUCAGCGCUAGCUCCACCUCUGCCUCGGUUAGUGCCGCCUCUGUCAGCGGAUACGGGGCCGGGCUGGGCAGAGCCCCUGGUAUUGGAUACGGAGGCACCAAAGAGGCCCCUGGCGGGGCGGUGAUAUCACCAGAGAGCCAGACGGGGAGCUUCGAGGAACAGUCAGUGGAGAUGACUGAGCGGAAGACUCUUCUCAUCAGAACAGUUAAGACAGAUGACACGUAUGAGAGUGACACACAGGAAUGCACCAUUACCAUCUCUGGAGCUGCUGACGACACAGACGAGGACUAG